UUAAUUUUUGUAACCUUCAAAAUUCUCCGACAUAAUUUUGUUAGCUUCGUUAUGAACGGAGAACUAAAACUAAACAAAAUAGCUUAGGCCUAGGCUAGAAGUCAAGACCACCCUAGCAACAAUUCAAGGUCUUACAAUAUUGAGGCCUAAACUUAUGUAUAACUUGUACCAGGGACAUCCUACAACGAUACAAUUAUUUAAGGGUUUAUUUACCGCUGACUUGGAAGAGAAUACGUAAAUCAUACCUACUAAAUAUGACACAAGGCUUUGUUUCAAAAUGUCAUUCAAGUUAACCUAGGCUAGGCCCUAUCUGAUCUGAGGAUCAGGCCUAGGCUUAGAUCAAAACAGGACUGGUCCAAGUUAGACCUAGUUUGAUUUUGAUUCAAGAAUCAAGAAUAAUUUAUUCCAAGGCUAGGCCAAAGGAUUAGGCCAAGGCUAAAUUAUGAUUUGGGCUCUCUCAAACUAUUAGCAGUGAUUCAGUGGACGAAGUAGUGCGAUGGAGCAGCAAAUAUCAACUGCUGAUGGUCAGCAGAUGACAGUCAUGCAGACAGUUCCUGCUUCAGCCGGUCAACAAGUCCAGGUAUUUCAAGUGAACCAGACAGGACAGGUGAUCCAAGGGGCUAAUGGGCAGCCUAUAGUUGUCCACUCAGUACCUACAGCUGGGCAGACCAUACAGAUACAGGGGGGUCAGGCUAUUCAACAGCUGCAAGUGGUGCCUGUACCCACACUGCCGAACUCCCCUGGUCAGCUGGUCAUUCAGCAGCCACAGCAAGCUGCAAUCAUCCAGACACCAGAUGGACAGACCUACAUCUACCAGCCACCUGUAGAAAAUACUGUUCAACAACACCAGCCAACGUUAAUCAACGUGAAUGGCAACAUAAUGCAGCUGAGUGCGCCACCUACUCAAGUGCAAGCUGCGCCAGUCGCCAGUCCGCCAGUCUCAGCUAACACUGUCAGUCACACGCAGCAGACUGCACAAUCUGCUCAGAAUCUGCUCAUGGGUCCAGAAAAACAAAAGGAUUUAUCUGGAUUUAUUUAUCAAAACCAACCUAUUAUUCAAGAUAUCUUCAAAAACGACUUAGAUUCAAAGGUAGGGGGAGUGAGGGGGUCUCAGUUCGAGAGACUUCCGCUGCCCGACACUGGCUUUCUAGAGGAGGAACCUCUCUACGUCAACGCCAAGCAGUACAAGAGGAUACUCAAGCGGCGUCAGGCUCGGGCCAAACUGGAGGCUGAGGGGAAAAUACCCAAGAAUCGACAGAAAUACCUCCAUGAAUCAAGACACAAACAUGCAAUGAACAGGAUACGAGGGGAAGGAGGCAGGUUUCACUCAGGUUCCGUGAAGAAGAAGAAUGAACAGCAACAACACCAAAGCAACGCCAACAACAUGCACCAAUUCCAAGGCAGGCUACAAGGCAUCUCAAUGGCAGCUUUGGACCAUACAACUCUAGGGGCUCAGCUUAUCAUCGAGAACCCUGAUCAACAAUAUUGGAGCGUCUCGUAGAACUGAUGAAAAAAGCGUAGGUGGUGUCGUACUCCCAGACCCCCACUACGAGCCUUGAGUAGAUAUUGUGAUAUUGUAAAUACACUUCUUUUGUACAUAAGCGUAUUUAUUUAAAAAAAAAUCAAAGACUUUUUCACUGUACAAAUAUAAGUGUGGUUACUAUGUUUACACUUUAGGAUUUAAGGUUUCCCGUUUUGCAAUUUAGUUUAGUCGAGUGAUUAAACAUACCAGUUUGGAAAGAUGUUACAUUUUGUAUUCCUCUAAAAUUUCAAGAUUUUUUUAUUUAUUCCUUGUUAAAAUGUUAGUAGAAUAUGUAAUUGGUUUUAUUUCAAUACAACCUUGUUUAUCUGGCCUUUAUACUCUGGGAUCUUUUAUUGUCUCUAAAUAUUACAAUAACAUUAAUAAACUUAAUAGGUGUGCAGUAGACUCACGAUUUUCAAAAUUAAUUAAGACCGUCCCGGAUUAGGUUGUCCCAACCUAUGAUUUGGGAAAACUCAGAUAAUACAGAGGUUAUUAUGGGCUAUCGUGCUAAAAUAAUUUUGAAAACUGAAAUAUUAUAAAGGUAUUUAUUUUAAGAAGAAGUGUUAAUAAAAUGUAUCACACACAAACAAUAUUAAUUCAUUUAAAAUUUGCAAAGUAGAGGCACUCCCUCACUCACACUCAUAUUUUGAAAGUCAUUGCUUUCAAGUCCCAUUUUCUGUAGUAAUGAUUUUUUUCCAUUACAACUUAAUUAUAAUAUGUUUUCUACAAUUUUUUAGAUAAUUUUAAAACCUUUUUCUUUUGAACAUUCUAAGAUAUUAUUUGAAUGUAAAAAGGUGAUGGCAUAGAGGGCUUGCUAUUAAUUGAAAAAAAAUAAUUUAGCCUACACUACUAUUUACCGAGCAUCUGUAUUUUAGUGUAUUCCAACAAUGUUGGUUCAGAUGAACAAUGUUGUAUUGUAUACCAUGCCUACUUAUGAAGCGAUUUGUUUUUAGUCUAGAAAGUUUGUACCAAUUUUGUACAUAAUUGUCAGUCAUUUUAAUUUUAAUUUUGUGCAAAGAAUUUUAAAGGUAAAUUAAUAAUUGAAUUUUAACGUGUCAUAAUUGAAUGGCUUUUCACAAAUUUUAUCUGGUUUGCCAGAUGAGAAUUUUAAAAAUUAUGAGUUUCUUUAGACUAAACAAUAAGUGAACAGUGAAUUUAAUAUUUAUAGUAUUCCUGGCAUGGUUUUGAUGCAUACAAAUUUAAAUAGUGUGAUAGAUAGAAUAUUGUCUAAAUUUCUAUGCUUGUGGGGUUUUUGUAUCCAUUAUGUCUGAAAGGUUUUGCUAGUGGAGUACAAAUAAAAAUGAAAAUGUUACCAUUUUGUAGUGGUAAUUUUAAUAUUUAAGUAUUGUUUAAGCAUUAGUUACACAAAGUGAUAAACAUUUUCUGUAAUUUUUUGUUAGAUGUGUUUUCGUUUUAAAAGUUGAUGACUGUUGUAUUCAAUGCAACCUUCAAAACAGUGGCAUAACUAGAACAUGGCUUUGGAGGGGGAUGGAUGAGCUCCAAGUCUGCACUCACUCAUCCUGGGCCACGGGGGGUCUGGAAAGAGGGGAUUACCCCCAUGGAAGAUUUUGAACAAAUAGAAUUCCAAACUUGCGUUUUCAGGCAUUUCAGAGGUGUGAGUAACUAACCCCUAAAAGCCGUCAGGCAUCUUCUUAGUGCUUACAUACAGCACAUGCUUGCAGUGUUACCACUGCCACUCUCCAAAUUUACUCCCGCUGCCUGGGUUUAUUAAUUAAAUAAACCUUUUUAAAAUUAGUUUACUAUACAAAUCAACUAAUAAUUUUAACAAAUUAGAUUAAUAAAGCCAAAUCAAAACUAAUUUUUCUCAGUUCAAACUUGAGCAACUGUUAUUUAAAGAAGUAGGAUUGCUGUGAUACAAAUAUUUAUUUUACAUUUGUUAGUUCUGGGGGGGUUCUAUCCCCCUCAUCUCCCCAUAGUUACGCCACUGAUUCAAAAUUAUUUUUAUUUUUAUUAGUACCAAUUUUUAAAUGAUUAUCAUUUUGGAUAAGGCUAGGAUUAUACUAGGAUGCUGGCGUCCGAGAGGCCGGCGUCCGGGACGCUAGCGGGGCAUUAAAUCAAAUGGGGGCGAUUAUACUAUGGAUGCUAGCGUCGGAUGCUAAAAAAGCCACCGAAAGCUCGAAGUUAUUACCGUAGGUGGCAUGGUAAGACCUAGGCCCGGGACCGAUUUAUUUUUUCAUUUUGAUGUCCCCAGAGGCCAAAAACACCAUCCGUUCGUAUAGAUUUAAAUAUUAUAUGUCUGUAAACGCGAUAACUGGAGUAAUUUUUGUUCUAUUUUGAAGAAAUUUGGUUUUAAGGUGAAGGGUGGGAUAAAUUUGAAUGAGUUCGCGAACCAGCUCGAACAUACCUUGGAAACGGGGUUUUUUGUGCUAAAAAAGGGGGUUUGUCAUUUUUGACCCAGAAAACUAAAAAAUUCACAAUUUCUCUCUAGACAAUUUUAAUGAGCUUAAAAACAAAUAAUUUAGUAUAUUUAAGUGUUUUUGUACUGUUAUUAGUUAUGGAGAAAAUUAAAAAAAGAGUAUAUUAAAAAUUGCCAUGUUAUUCUUAUAGAAAAUGUUGUUAAGUGUUGGAAUUUGCUUGUGUAUGGAUGUAUUUUUAUUCAACUUGGCCAAUUUGUUAUAUACUAAGCUAAUAAUACAAUAUUUUACUAAAAAAACAACACUUUAUUAGCCCCCUUAAAGCAUCAAACCUUGGUACUCAUUAAACCUAAUGUUAUUUAAAUAGAUAUAAACAAAAAGUUACUAAACAUUGAAAUGAAAUGGCAUUCCGAGAGGCUAGCAUCCCAACAAAAAUCACGUCAUUUAUCGAGGUGGGACGCUAGCCUCUCGGAUGCCAGCAUCCCGGAUGCCAGCAUCCCGGAUGCCAGCAUCCUAGUAUAAUCCUAGCCUAAAUUUACAGUAAAAUUAUAGCAUUCAGAUUAUGUUUAUAAAUGUGUCUCACUUUGUGUAAAAUCUUGCAAUGCAGUAAUUUAAUUUUUUCUGUUGUGCAGAUAAGGUUAUAAAAACUAUAAUAUUUAUUUAUAUUUUGUGUAAAUAAGAUAUAUAAUGUUUAAUUUCCUUUUUUGAUCUAAAAUAUUAUACAAAGUGUAAAAUAAUAAUUAGAAUGUUUGUGGUUAGAUACCACUCAUCACCAAACACUUGUAUUUUUUUAAUUUAGCAAGUAUUUGAGCAAAUACUGUAAAAAAAAACUUUAAAUCCAUGGAAUUUGUUGUAGUAAUUUAUUUUUCAGAUUUAAAAAAAUCCCAAUUUGUAUUACUACAUUUAUUUACAAAUAUCGAGGUUCAAAGGUUACACUUAUAAACUGGACAGAUUCAUAACUAGGCUAAAAUAUUUAUUGUUGAUGUUAGCAUAUGUUUUUUAGAAUAUUAAGUAGUUUUGCUGAGGUUAAUUUUGUGUUUGUUAACAUAUGCUUUAAUUGGUUGUACUUAUUAUUGCCCUUCUACGUAUAAGAUAUGAUAGGUAACCUUUGUUUGUUCAAGUUGCACCUAGAUUGGAGUUAAUUUAUUAUAUUAGUUGCUAGUUUAAUGUAAGCUAUUACAUUUGGGUUUUGCUUUCAUUCUCACUUUGCUAAUACAACUAUUUCACUUCAUUCAACUGUUUAUUUUUAAUUUGUUCAUACACAGAAUCAAUAAAGUGUUUUCACCGAGGAGGAUAAAAUUACAUGGACCAUCCCUUAAGUGUGUCUCUCUAGUCAUCAAUGGAGUAAGACCGCUUUGCCUCAUUAAAAAUUGAAUAUGGUUUAAAUACAAAUGGUUCUUCUUAAAAGAAAUUCAGUUCGACUAACAAAAUAAUAUCAAAUAACCACAACGAGAAAAGAAUUAGUGGAUUAUUUACAUCAUUGCAGUUUGGUAAAUGGUAAAAAAGGAUUAGUUUUAUUUAUUGUGCUACCUAUAUAAAUUUGAGAAAUCUCCAAAACUUUGAUAUCUGACUCCAUUGUAGGUGGUAUUCAUAAAAUAUUGAACCAAAAUAAUGAUUAUUUUUAUUCAUGUUAUGACAAUCUUUCAUAAAGUUAACUAAUGUAUUCAAAGAGGAUUUAAACUUAAUGUAACCUUCCAAAUCUACCAUGAUAAAACAGCAAUUAAUAAAUAGUAGGUAUAUAUAACAAGUGUAUAUUAACCCUUUGCGGUCGAAUGGGGAGUAUAGGUUGCCACGCGCCAUUUUCCUGACUGCUUAGAUGGCAACCUAUACUCGCUGAAAAAAGAAAAAAAAUUCUACCUCAAAGAGUUAAACCAAAUCCAAACUGUUUCAGUCCAAUAGUAAAUUUAGCUAACAUUGAAUUGAUUUUUAUAAAUUGAUUAUUUUAAACUGUGGAGUCAUACAUCAAAUUUCUGCUGUGAAAUGUCAUGUUUUUUUUAUGUAUAAAAAUUAACAUUUUAAGUAAUUAAUGUUGUCAGCUAUUUACUCAACCACCUUUAAAAAAAACAGGCCGUAAUGCUCGUCAAGCAUGACGUCACGAUAGAAGACGGCAAUGACGUAGGUAUUUUUUAUUUAUUUUCCAAGGAAAGAUUAAAGCAAGCAGCUGAUCACAAACGGCAAACAAUACGUCACUGCCGUCUUCUAUUGUGACGUCAUGCUUGACGAGCAUUACGGCCUGUUUUUUUAGUGGGGCCUUGGCUGUACCCUGUUUUAAUUUUUAGACAAAAACAAAAAAGUUUAGUUUUAAUUAAUAGGAUUGUUAGUUUUAAAUUAUAACUAAUUUAAUGUUAAUUUUUCAUUGUUAUAAACUUUGUAACAUCCUAUCACAUACAUUUGAAUUAAUACUGAUUGUAGCCUUGGAUGUGUAAUAAAUUAUCACUACUUAACAACUGUUAAAAUAAAUUAUUUAAUAUUCUAAGCACAAAAUAAACACUGACAUGAUAUUACACCUACAUUAGUGAGCUCAUCCUUCAUCACGUACUUAAACAUUAAAUUUAAAUUGCUAUAGUGAUUAGUAGGCGUGCCUUACUCGCUUGUCAUGUCUACUGUAUGUAUUCUAAUAGAAACAGCUGGGUUUGGUCAAAACAAUCUUAAUUACAUUCUUUUAUUGGAACACUAGCCUAAACAUAACAAGUAUUGUAACAUUUUUUGUAUGCUUUAGAAUCCCAAAUUAAACUUUUUUAACU